GAGUGACCUCGCCGCCUGGAGCCAUGGGGGCUUCGGACCCGGAAGUGGCGCCCUGGGCUCGCGGCGGCGCCGCAGGGAUGGCGGGAGCAGGAGCCGGAGCCGGAGCUCGCGGCGGAGCGGCGGCGGGAGUCGAGGCCCGGGCUCGCGACCCGCCGCCCGCGCAUCGCGCACAUCCGCGCCAUCCUCGGCCUGCGGCGCAACCCUCGGCCCGCAGGAUGGACGGCGCGUCCGGGGGCCUGGGCUCCGGGGACAACGCCCCGACCACCGAGGCUCUUUUCGUGGCGCUGGGCGCGGGCGUGACGGCGCUCAGUCACCCGCUGCUCUACGUGAAGCUGCUCAUUCAGGUGGGUCAUGAGCCGAUGCCCCCCACCAUUGGGACCAACGUCCUGGGGAGGAAGGUCCUCUAUCUGCCGAGCUUCUUCACCUACGCCAAGUACAUUGUGCAAGUGGAUGGGAAGAUAGGGCUGUUCCGAGGCUUGAGCCCCCGCUUGAUGUCUAACGCCCUGUCCACCGUGACCCGGGGCAGCAUGAAGAAGGUUUUCCCUCCGGAUGAGAUUGAGCAGGUUUCCAACAAGGAUGACAUGAAGACUUCCCUGAAGAAAGUAGUGAAGGAGACCUCCUAUGAGAUGAUGAUGCAGUGUGUGUCCCGCAUGUUGGCCCACCCCCUGCAUGUCAUCUCAAUGCGUUGCAUGGUCCAGUUUGUGGGACGGGAGGCCAAAUACAGUGGCGUGCUGAGUUCCAUCGGGAAGAUUUUCAAAGAGGAAGGGCUGCUGGGAUUCUUUGUUGGCUUAAUCCCUCACCUCCUGGGAGAUGUGGUUUUCUUGUGGGGCUGUAACCUGCUGGCCCACUUCAUCAAUGCCUACUUGGUGGAUGACAGCGUGAGUGACACCCCAGGGGGGCUGGGAAACGACCAGAAUCCAGGUUCCCAGUUCAGCCAGGCCCUGGCCAUCCGGAGCUACACCAAAUUUGUGAUGGGGAUUGCAGUGAGCAUGCUGACCUACCCCUUCCUGCUGGUCGGUGAUCUCAUGGCCGUGAACAACUGUGGGCUACAGGCCGGGCUCCCCCCUUACUCCCCAGUGUUCAAAUCCUGGAUCCACUGCUGGAAGUACCUUAGUGUGCAGGGCCAGCUCUUCCGCGGCUCCAGCUUGCUUUUCCGCCGAGUGUCGUCAGGAUCGUGCUUUGCCCUGGAGUAACCUGAAUCACCUGAAAAACACAUGCGGUCUCAGCCUGGCCACCGUGAGUGAGUCCUGAUCAUCUCAGGCACCUGUAAGAUGACUUCAACCCAGCAAAACCUAGAUGUGCUCCAGCCAGCUGGGCUUCGGUUUCCAUAUUUGCCAUGUGUCUGUCCAGCAACAGGGUUUGAGUGGGGGUGAGGCGGCCCCCGAUGGAUUGGUCACCUGUUAGGAUGCAGGGAAGGUGGGGUGGGGCUGUGAGAUUGAGGCAGAAUGCUCUUCCUGUGCAGAUUUACUGAGUCUGCCUUGUCUAGGGGGCCAGAGAAUGGCUGUGGAGGCCCAGUUGGAUGGGAAAAGGCUCGUGGGGUCAGAUCGCACCCCCUGCUCACGCCCAAGUCAGCCCCAGCUCUCAUCCUGCAGCUCACCUGGGAGCGUCACUCUCCUGCUAUGUAAAUAGGGCGUGACCCCUUUCGCAAGGCCACCAUCAUGUCCAGGCCUGUGCUAGGAACUAUUGCCAGGUUCCGCCUUGGUUUUUUUCAACACUAGUUUUCUGAUAUGAAGGCAGCACCUUCUAAUGGGAAAUCAUGUGACUGCUCAGACUGUGUCUCCUUCAUCAAAUGCUUGUCAGUUUAAUGGUGAAGCCUCACAAGCAGGCGCUGGUGACCUGUGCAUUUGUGAACACCCAGAAGUAGGCAGAUCAGUGUGUCUUAUCCUACCCAACUGAAAAGUUCUGGAUAAGAUUUGAUCCUUUCUUCUUCAAAUAAAUGUAUUGGUGGUGAUUUGGA